GCGCCAGCAAAAGACAACCCUCACGUGUUGCUUCAACGGAGUGUUGACAGUGCUGAUCUCUGAGGGUUCGUUGUGACGGUGGCGUUGCACAUAAAGGGCCUCUUUUUUGUUUUUCUUUCUUUCCUCACACCGACCGUCUUCCACACAGGAACGUUUCAAAACAGUGAUUCGCGAGGACUUCGAUCAUUGUAGUGCGGAGAGAUGGGCACAGCAGCCGCCAGGCCCGCCCGCGAGGCGCCGGUACGCUACGUCGCGAAGAAAAUGCCACGACUCGACAAAACCCCUGUCGAACAGCAGUUUAGGAAGCCGCAGUUCACAGCGCAGGGCAUCAACAGUCGCACAGACGACGUGAACACGGAGCCACUCAUGUACGUCGAGACCUCGAAGGAUGCGAGCAGCACGGAGCUGACGGAUCACGUGGCACCGCGGUGGUACUUGAACUCCUACCUGGAAAUGAUGGACAACACCCGCACGGAUCAGGCUGUGAUUUCUGGCAAUCUCCCCUUCUCGUGGGAACGGGACAAGUACGAGCCCUACGCCCUGGUGCGUGGGCGCAUCGACGAUGAGGAUCUGCGCUGGGUGCUGGCCCCGGAGCAGCGCAAGAAGGGCGUCGACGAACUGGUCAGUUUCACAAAACUGGAGCGCAACGUGCUGCAAGAUAUCCUAGACACCGUCGAGCUGCCCCGCACACAGUACCGCAACUACAAGGGUAAGCUGCAUAAGAGCAUAGACGACGCCAACACGCACAUGGCGGCGCGCAAGACGCAACUUGAGAAGGCCCGCGAGGCGGAAAUACUUCGCCAAAUUGGGUACUCCGAGGAAGAGGUGCAGAAGGACGAGCAGUACUUGACGAACCGCCCACGCGGUGUGCGCACCCUCGACGACCUCGGCGCCAGCGACCGCGAAAAACUGCGGCAGAAGCGCGCAACAGCGGUGAGUGAGUUGGAGGAUAUGCUCGAAGAGCGCCGCAUUGAGCAGCUGGAGCGUGGAGAGGCCACCGUGACGGAGGAGGAGGUGGCAGAGAAGCCGGAAAUGCUGCCGAUGCACCGGAAGCAUAACACCACCUCCAAGAACAUCUACAAGCAUGUGUACGCCGCUGACAUGGGCAAGGAUGAACGGAACCAGGCCAAGUUUCUGUGGUGGCUUGACCGGACGCGGCGCAUUAAGCGUGCGGUGGACACCAUUCACGGCGUGCCGAUCUACAACGAGCGACUCUCCGCCAACGAGGAGCAGACGCGCGCGCAGAUGCGAGAGGCGGCGGAGUUCAACUUCUCCAUGUCGCGUGCGCAAGGCGCAAAGGGCUUCACCGAUCCUCGCGGCCACUACGACCAGUUUAUGGACGUCAUGCGCCACAACAAGGAGGACGCGAAUAAGGAGACAGGGGUAGAGGUGCAUGAGGACGACAGCACGCAACACCCCGUCUUCCAGUUCCCCCACACGCGCGGGCAUGCAGCAAAGCCGGCGCCGAUAACAUUUGCCGAUCGCCGUGACCACGCAGCGCCGUUGGACACCGAUGUCAACAAGCUUUACGGAGUUGAUGAGCGACUGCCAUCGUCGUCGCCAUCGUCAUCGCCGUCAUCAUCCUCAUCCUCCUCGCUUCCCAAGGAUUCCGCGGAAGGGGCUGAUCUCGCAAGUCGUCGCGCCAGUGCACGCGGGUGGGAAAAGGUGGUUAGCGAGGCUCCAACGAAGGCAGAAACCACCGAAGGGACGCCUUCGCAGCCAAGCAGGGGUGCGGAUGACAGCAACAAAGAAAAAUAA